UCGACGCAAGUUUCACUUUCGUGUCGGUUCUUCGCUGCUCAAGUAGAUUGCCAGCGGGUCUACACAGCACGUAGCACACGCAGAAGUGAGCGAGUAGUGAAUGUGAACUGGUGUACGAAAAAUGAAUACAGAAAAUCCCGUUCUAGACGACGAUCAGCGCUUCGCUUUUAUGAAAUUUAAAAGGGACAUCAGCGAUGUACUUCAGCCACACCAUGACGAGCAGUUUCUACUCAGAUGGUUACGAGCUAGAUCCUGGGAUAGUGAAGCGGCUGCAAAAAUGCUUAAACAAAGUAUGAAAUGGAGACAGCAAUGGGAAGUCGACACGACGCUCAAAACAUGGAUCCCACCUGAACCAAUCCAGGUGUACCAUCCGAGUGGAACUUGCGGUGAAGAUAAAAAUAGUUCACCCAUUAUUGUGAUACCGUUUGCUGGCUUCGACAUUGCUGGAUUGCUUCACGCUGUCAGCAAACAAGACCUAAUACGCGUCACCAUACAAAUAAUAGAAAAGAAUCUAAAAAGAGCCAAGGAGACUGGAGCGAAUAACUUAAUCGUUAUUUUCGACAUGGAGGAUUUUAAUAUAAGACAAUAUGCUUGGAGACCAGCUGGGGAAUUAGUCAUAGCCUUAAUACAAAUGUACGAAGCAAACUAUCCUGAAAUACUAAGAGCCUGCUAUAUAAUAAAUGCCCCCAGUGUAUUUGCGAUAGCUUUCAACAUAGUAAAGAGAUUUAUGGAUGAAUACACUCUGAGCAAAAUACAGAUUUUCAAAAAGGACCCAAAAAAAUGGAAGGCUGCGUUACUGGAGAAUAUUUCUGAAGAUAAUUUGCCAGUAUAUUUGGGUGGAACCUUAACAGAUCCUGAUGGGAAUCCCAGAUAUACCACUAAAAUUAAGCAAGGAGGUAAAGUUCCUAAAGAAAUGUACAGCAAAGAGCUUCAAGAUUCUAAUACUUACAAAGAUUUUACCACGACGGUUGUACGAAAAGGCGAUAAGCAUUCUUUAGAUUUUAUGGUCACUGAGGACAACUGUUUUCUAAGGUGGCAAUUCAAGACGGAAGGGCACGACAUUCGUUUCGGUAUCACCCUUAAGGACCUCGAAGGCAACACUAGCUCCGUAGUGCGGCAUUCGCGAGUUUCCUCCCAUCAGAUCGACGAAGUUGGUGUUUUGGCGUGCCAGUCACCGGCCACCUAUACUGUUACUUUUGACAACAGCUACAGCCUUUUAAGAAGCAAGAAAAUCCAACACUGUAUUUUUAUUACCCCUCCUGUCCGAAAAGUAGACAUAUCUCCUACAGAAAAUGAAGAAAUUGCUCUAUGCAAGGAAAUAGAAAAACUAGAUGUAUAGUUAGAAAUUCUUAAGCAAUAGUUAAUAUGAAAUUAUAAAUAAUCUUAGAUGUAUAGGUCUGUAUGUGUUGUAUAUGUUGAAACUAUGAGACUAGUAUUUCUACUUUAUUUUUUAUAAAGAAUGAUUUUAUCUAUGA